AUGCACGAGAAUCCCGAUCCCAAUGCAGAUGCCCAAGGUCUCAACCUGUCGAUUCCUGGCUUCGCUUCCCUUUCUGUGAAGGAAAAGGCUGGUUAUACAAGAGCUCCAGGAAUCCACGUCACCACUUAUGAUGCCAGCAAGGUCCUCUUCGCUUGUUUGCCAGGCCAUGCAGAGGGGCCUAUGCUGGAUGGCAACCGCUCAACUUUAUGUGCCGAAAAUAUCGCAGUGAAGGCAAGUGAUUUGUCACAAUCAACUAGCUUGUUUGCAGACCAUUUCCAGACUUUGAUCAUUCAGAAAAGUUGUCCUGUGCUGAUGGAAGCGACUGGACAUGUCGACCCCAGCAUUGCGGUCAACACGGCCCAGGGGGGCAUGACGAUGCAGCAGCUCAGCCAGAUCCUUCGAUUGGCCUAUCAUGCCACACAGUUUGGGGAUCCGCACUUGCCGCCUUUCAACUACACAGGUCCAACAUCAGCGUUUGCAGAGGUCGUGGGAUUCAUCAGCCUGCAGCCCAACGGCGCCCCUUGGGGUCUCACUUGCCCACCAGGGGCUGUGGUUGCAUCCGGAAGUUCGACCAUGCCCUAUUGUCUGUUUGUGGACGCCUCGGAGGAAAAGGUCUUCUAUGCCUUCUCAGGUUCCAUGAGUUGCCCUGAUGGUACAGCAGUGAGCGGCUGGUACAACUUGCCUGGAACUCCUGUGAAGGGUUUGGAGAAGGGGUCCUACGGUGGCCCCCAAAACAAAACAGGCUUGCGCUUGUUCUGCCGUUCGACAGCGCUGCUAUCAUCCUGCCAGAAUCCAACGGCCUCCUCUUGCCAAGGGGGAGGGAUUGUGGCGAGUGUGGCCUUCGACUCCAACCAGUUCAAGCUUGGCUGCUGCAAGCUGCAGAGGCGUAUGGGCAUGGCUUUGACAUCAACGCCCCGGCGGCAUCGGACUUAUCAGGACUUUGAGGGCUACUACUGCCCCAGUGGCAUGGAUACCACUGGUGCCCCGAGCUAUGUGAAGACGUUCAUCCCGAGUCUCGGAAAUCCUCAGCUCUUGAACAAUUCCCUUGCAACUGAGAAUUGGACCUUGAGCUGGGAUCCCUUCUUGACACGCUGGGAUCUCUUCGGACAGGGGAAACUAGUGGCAUCGCUUCCCGGGGAAGACGAAUCGCCGGUGGCGGUGAAUGCUUCGAGGGGCAACUUUUCGGCGACCUUCAUCGAGCUUUUGACUGCUGCCUAUGUGACGGAGCCAAAGCCGAAGUCCCCUUUCCCAAGCCGGAAGCCGAAGCCGCCUGUGCUCCAAGCUUUCUCGGCGAAGGCUGCAGACUACAAGGAGUACUGCGAUCCCUUCUAUCUGCAGAACCCGUAUGCUUUCCCAAAAUCUAUUCCGCCCGAAGAUCCGUGCUACCAUACUUUUACAGCGAAAGUUGCAGACCUAGAUCCAUCGCCCAAGAAGCCGCUGUUGAAGGGCAUUACGGAGCAGGCUGGGCACGCUUCGGGCUAA